AUGAAUCGUACCCGGUUCCCGGCCCAGGUUUCAACUCCAGACAGGUUCUAUUUCCUAGAAGCGGCUGACAGCUAUACCCGCUUGUAUUUGCUGGCAUGUGGUGACGCAAAUCACGCGGCCACUUCUGGAGCAGCUCUCGCCAACUUACAAAAGACGGAUCCGUAUACACAGAAGUGGAACGAUUUCGUCCAGACACUCAGCGCUGCGCUUGAUACGCCUGAAAGCAUUCAUUCCGAGUCGAGCCUGGGCGACGCCCUUGUAGUGAUGCGGCAAGCACCUCAGAAACUCAGCACGAUCCUUGAGCAUAAGUCUCCCAACAUAAUCGGUAGCAUUUUUAUAUUCUUGGUUGUGGCGACUCCACGCCGUCCCGGGCUGUCGGACCAGGACUCGCAAACAUUUCUCAAGGUCGUGAAGAGCCUCCUGAGCUUCGGGGCUGCGGUCGUGCCUAGCGGUCAUCCGUUGCAUCAGCUACUACGAAGCCUUGCCAGGUGGGACACCGAAGAUAUGCAAAACUUUGAGCGGAUUUGUGUUCAUUCCAUAGAAUAG